CCGCCCUCCCGGCGUCCCGCAACUUCCCCCGGAGCCCAGCGGAGCGCAGCAUGCGGGGCAGGGGCUGGAGGCGGCGGCGGGGCCGGCGUCGCGCUCCCCGGACAUGAAGCGGCCAUCGGAAGCUCCAGAGGGAUAAGAGCUGCAGAGAUGUUGACUUCACGUAGCUGGUACUGCUGUAAAGAGACUGUUGAUUAGUCCAACUGAGGCUCUGUUGUACGUCACCCACUUGAUCUUCUGUGUCUCUGUUUUCUUUAAGACAAAACGUCCUGGGUAAUUUGUGAAGAAGAUAUGGGGAACACAGGUUGAAGAGCAAGCUGCAGCUCAACAGUCCUAUUCUUCAGAAGAGCAAAAAACCUGGUUGGGAAUGUAGCACACAGUACACUGUGAGCAACGAGUGCAAAGCUAACUGCACAAGUAAUCUGUGGCAAGGAGCACUGGGAGACAGCUAAAAGACAGUGACAAUGUCUUUAAACUGGCGGACACUUCCUACUCGACUUGAAGUUUUUAAAGGGAACUGCAAAGGACUCGCAUGCCUCUUGCUCUUCACCGUGAGUGUUUGUGGCAGUACCCCGGGGAUGUGUCCAGCAGCCUGCAUCUGUGCCAGUGACAUAGUAAGCUGCACAAAUAAGAACCUCACUCGAGUGCCAGGAAAUCUUUAUAAAUGUAUGAAAAGGCUGGAUCUGAGUUAUAACAGAAUUGGGAUUUUGGAGCCUGAAUGGGUCCCAGUGCUGUCUGAGAAACUGAACACUUUAAUAGUCAAUCAUAAUAGCAUUAGCAGCAUUAGCACUGGAAGCUUUUCCACAACCCCGAAUCUGAAGUAUCUAGACUUGUCAUCCAACAGCCUGAAAACACUGGGCAGCCCUGUGUUUCAGGAGCUAAAGGCACUGGAGGUUCUCCUGCUGUACAACAAUCAAAUUACACAGAUUGAGUCUUUAGCCUUUGGAGGAUUAUACAAAUUACAGAAACUGUACCUAAGCUACAACUUGGUCUCUCAUUUCCCACUGGACUUAUAUGUUGGAAAACAUAAAUUGACAGACCUUGUGUUGCUGGACAUUUCCUUUAAUCACAUCCAGACGAUGCCUAUUCAGCGCCUGAGCUCAGUGCCAGCCAAACAACUUAGUGGAAUUUAUCUUCAUGGCAACCCAUUCUAUUGUGACUGUGUCCUGUACUCCGUGCUAAUCUUCUGGUAUCAAAGGCAUUUCAGCUCAGUAGUGGACUUCAAAAAUGAGUACAGCUGCAUGUUGCAGUCAGACCCAAGAGGUCAUAAUAAACUGCCUUUACUGCACGACAACGUUAUGAAUUGUUCUGAAAGUACCGUCAACAGCUCUUUCCAAGCCUUUGGGUUUAUUCAUGAUGCCCAGGUUGGUGACAGGCUGAUUGUACACUGUGACAGCAGAAUCAGCGAUACGGCCACACAGUUUGUUUGGGUUAGUCCUGACAAUAGAUUGCUGGAGCCAGAGAGGGAAACCGAUAACUUCAAGGUGUUUCCUAAUGGCAGCCUGGAGAUAACAGAUGCCCAGCUAGAGAACUCAGGGCUGUAUUCCUGCAUUGCAAUAAAUAAGAAAAGACUAUUAAAUGAAACCAUAGAGGUCAGAAUAAAUGUUAGCAAUUUCACAGUGAACAGGUCCCACGCUCAUGAAGCAUUUAAUACAGCUUUUACCACCCUUGCUGCCUGUGUGGCCAGUAUAAUUUUAGUGCUGCUGUAUCUCUAUCUGACCCCCUGCCCGUGUCAAUGUAAGGCAAAGAAGAAGAGAAGGAAGCUGAACCAAAGCAGUGCCCACCCAUCCAUACUGAAUUCUGCAUUGCCGCAAGAGCUGCCGGCUGACGAGAAGAAGGCUAGCACUGGUAAACGGGUGGUUUUCCUGGAACCCGUGCACGAAGCAAAACAGAGUCAGAAUGGGAAAGUAAAACUGUUUCCUAAUGACAGUGUCAUUACAGAGAGUAUCUUAAAAACUACUCGAACAAAAUCCGACUCCGACUCUGUCAACUCUGUGUUCUCAGAUACACCUUUCAUGCCGCCAGCUUAGUUUGCUGCCUGUGUUUGUAUCGUGCCGUUCCAUUUCUGAAUACCUCCUUUGCCUGUAGCAAACCAUCAGGACAAACAAAUAAAAAGACAUAAAAGGUUUUAAAAAGAGAUAUGUUUUGUCAGUCCUUGAGCUGCGUCUCCUCUCUGUACAGGCCAUGCAACAGUGAUACCGCCCUCGUUCAGGAAAAGCAAAUAGCUUGUCCUUAUUGUGAAUGUUUUUUAAUGUAAGCUUGGCCUUGGUUUUACUCUCUGGUCCAUACACAGCAAUUUCUUGUUGCAUGUUUAGGGGCACUUUCAGUGCAUACAGCUGACUCUGCAGAGGCAGAGGCUGACCCCUAUACAACACCCAAUCAUGCUGAUAACUCAGCUCCUCCGAAGUGUGCACAGAAGCAGCUUACAGCUAAGGAGAAAAAUGCCCAGACUUUCUGCAAUUCCUUUCACAGGCUCAUAAAAUCUUUACAUAAAAUCACUACAGGGAAAAAAGUCAUGAUUUUUCUUGGACUGCUUGGCACAGAAGGAUUAAAUUUGCUACCAGAAUGCUUAGCAGCACUGGGUAAAUGUUUGUGGCCUUCAACUGAUAAUGUAUUUGCAAAUAAUUGCUUGAAAACAUUGAAUGAGGGGCAUUGUAAAAAUCUUAUUCAAAACGUAGUCAUGAGAUUACUUGUAAAAUGUGCUUGUCUUUGUUUAUAAAUGUUUCAUGUAAUGAAAACAGAGAAGUUAACAUGCUACCUUUGCAGUUGCCUCAGUCAAAAAGCGAAAGUUGUCAGGGAUGAGGACUUCCACAAAUCAGCAGUAACUAAUUAAGCUGUGAUAACUGGAUUGAUUAUAACCAGUUGUGUUAACCUCCACUGCUCACUCUAUGCUUGGCAUCACAUGUGGUAAACAAAUCUGCCAUCAUCAUCAGGGCUCUUGCUUUAUCUUAGGGGUGCGUGACUUCUCUUCAAAGAUAAUUGUGAAAUCAGGGAAAUAUUUUAAUUAUUUUUUUCAGUGGCACAUGGUUUCUGCAGCCUUAUUAAAUUUGCUUCCUAAAGUUUUUUCUUAAAAGAGGAAAUGCAGUAUUUGGACAAACUCAUGAAGAUAUAAAAGAUGUCACACACUUUUAAAUUCAGAAAACACAGAUUUUACCUAGACUUGGCACUUGUCUUGUAUGUACUGCUUUCUUUCUUGCAUGUAUCACGAAGUUUAUGAGUCUGGUAAAACUGACCUGGACUGGUUAUGCAAUAUAGGUUGCAUGAAGCAUGUUUUACUUGCUGUUUCUUUUUCUUUUUUAAGCUUGCUUACCUUGGGGCUGGGCUGGACUUUUCCAAUCUUUCUCACAUUGAAAAGUAGCAGCUCCAAAGGAGUUUCUCAAGUAAUUACAACAUACCAAAGACAAAUAAAUGGAGCAUUUCUGUCUCAUUCUAUUUUGGGGGAAUAUACUGAAACAUUAAGGGAUAAACUAAAUCAGAAUCAAAGGGCUACAUGGUAUGGCAACUAUAAUUUAUUUUCAAGAAGCUUACUGUAACAGCCACUUGCCAUUUUUUGAGAUUUAUUUUGAGAGGCGUGUCAACAUGCUAAAGCUUAUAUCUGGCUGAGCCAAAGCUAUUGAUUUGCUACAGAGAAAUCCUGAUGCUAAUUGUUUGAAGACAAGCUAUCUGACAAACAAAUUAGCACAGGAAACAGUGUCUCUGUAUUGUGUACAAAGUAUGUGGAAUUAUAAAAAAGCUGGAGAUAUUAACUCAGAUAUUCAGAGAAAUGGAAAUUAUUUUUGUAGGUAGAGGAUAAUAAAUAUUGAGGAGAGGAAGAUGA